CUGGUCCAGGGAGUUUGCGCAGUGAGUGUAAACAGGAAGAGGAAAAAAUAGUCUGUUCAGGGACGAGACGUGAGACUUUAUAGGUUGCGACUGAUUUUUAGUAAAUAACGUAGAGCACGAAAAUAUCCGCGACGAAGUAUGCGUGUUAUAACAGAAUCUUGGCAACAACGUGUGUAAGACGAAAGAGCUAACUCGUGUUAGUGAUCAGUCCGCAGCUCUGACAGGAAUUUGACGCUUUUGUACAUCUCGUUAGCUGACCUGCCUGCAUAAACAGUUGCAUGAGUAAGAAAGGCAGACGUAUUACUUAAAAGGUACUUUAACUAACGAUAAAGUGUUAUAACUAAGUAGAAGCAAUACGCUUUAUUUCUAUCCGUGUUCUUCGAGUCGACGCCAUGGCCCACUAACCGUAAUAUCUAGCUACUAGCUAAGUUAGCCACUUUUCAGAAAGAAGAACGCCUUUGACCGUUUAAAACUACAUUACGUGCUUCUGGAAAUGGUUGAGAAAGAUAAAAUUGCGGAAUUGUCCCAAUCGGACACAGAAUUGUGCCCGGGAGCGACAGAGGACAGUGUGGUGGAUGUCCAGAGCUCAGGAGAAGAACACAGUGUUGUGGCUGAAAGAACAGGCCGCAGAAAAUUCAUCAGCGGUGUUGUUGAGGGCUUUUAUGGUCGACCAUGGACAAUGGAACAAAGAAAAGAACUAUUUAGGAGGCAACAGAAAUGGGGAUUGAACACCUAUCUUUAUGCACCUAAAGACGACUACAAACAUAGGAUGUUCUGGAGAGAGAUGUACUCUGUGGAAGAAGCAGAACAACUUAUGACACUGAUAAGUUCAGCAAAAGAGCAUGGAAUUGAGUUCAUCUAUGCAAUUUCACCUGGCCUGGAUAUAACAUUCUCAAACCAGAAGGAGGUUUCUACACUGAAAAGAAAAUUAGACCAAGUCUCUCAUUUUGGGUGCAAGUGCUUUGCUCUACUCUUUGAUGACAUAGAUCACAACAUGUGUCCAGCCGACAAAGAAGUAUUCAGCUCCUUUGCACAUGCACAAGUUUCUAUUACCAAUGAGAUCUACCAGUAUCUGGGAGAGCCAGAAACUUUUUUAUUUUGCCCCACAGAAUACUGUGGAACGUUUUGUUACCCAAACGUGGCCCAGUCUCCCUACCUGCGUACAGUUGGUGAAAAGCUGCUGCUUGGAAUUGACAUUUUGUGGACAGGUCCAAAAGUAGUGUCUAAAGAUAUAACGGUAGAGUCUAUUGAAGAGGUGACAAAGAUCCUGAGGAGACCUCCUGUCAUCUGGGAUAAUAUUCAUGCCAAUGAUUAUGAUCAGAAGCGGUUGUUCCUUGGUCCUUAUAAAGGCAGAUCUACAGAACUGAUUCCUCGGCUAAAAGGAGUCCUCACCAACCCCAACUGCGAAUUUGAAACUAACUUCGUGGCAAUCCAUACAUUAGCAACAUGGUAUAAGUCUAAUAUGAAUGGUGUGAGAAAGGAUGUUGUCAUGACGGACAGUGAAGACAGCACAGUGUCCAUUCAGAUAAAGUUGGAGAAUGAGGGAAGUGAUGAGGAGCUGGAGACAGAUAUUCUUUACAGUCCACAAAUUGCCCUAAAGCUAGCUCUUACUGACUGGCUCAACGAGUUUGGAGUGCCUCACCAGUACAACAGUCGUCAGGGAGCCCACAGUGGCCCGAAGAGUGCCUCCACUGAUGUGCCCUCAAUAACUGCCCCCAGUCUCGGAUCCUCCACUACAGUAACCACUGUUUUUCAGCAGCCCAUUAUGAGCCCCACUGCUCCCCUCAGUGAGGAGCCACAAAUACUGCACAAAGAGGAGGAGGAAGAAGAGGUGGAAGUAGAGAAGAAAGAUUCAGAUGAGGAGCCCAUGGAGAUGGUGUUGGAGAAACAAGACGAAGUAGAGGAUGCCAAAAAUGUCAACCAGAUUCUCACAAAAAUUGUUAAAGCAGCAAUGACUGAAGAGCUCAAACCCAUGGACACUGAUAAGGAGAGUAUGUCAAAGACUCCUGAGAUCUCAGUUCAGGAGGACUCCAGCAGUGACAUUGCACCCAUGCAGACUGAUGAGCAGCUCAAUAAAGAAAUGUUUGUUCCAGGACCCAAUGAGAAACCGCUGUUCACCACUGAGGCACUCACACUGGAGGACUUGUGUUUGCUGGCAGAACUGUUCUACUUGCCAUAUGAGCAUGGUUCUAAAGCAGUGCAGAUGCUCAAAGAGUUCAACUGGCUCAGGGCUAACACCAGCAUUGUUAGUGUAAACUCCAAAUGCAAAGACUCAGAGAAAGUGACUGAGUGGCACACACGAGCGGAAAACUUUGAGGACAUGUGUUGUGCCGUCAUGCAGAUGUUCACCAGACUCUCCAACUCGGCCAAUCGAACCAUUUUGUAUGAUUUGUAUCCCUAUAUUUGGGAUAUAAAGAGUAUCAUCUCUAUGGUGAAAUCAUUUGUCCAGUGGUUAGAUGGAAGAAUCCUCAGCACGAGUUUCUACUGCUAUUGGAUCGACAGUGGACUAUGGUGUCGUAGUCAAUCCUCAGCACAGUUCUUAAGUGGAGACCAAGAGCCCUGGGCCUUUAGGGGCGGUCUAGCGGGAGAGUUCCAGCGGCUCUUGCCAAUAGAUGGGGCAAACGACCUUUUCUUUCAGCCACCACCAUCACUGCCAACUUCCAAAAUCUAUUCCAUAAGGCCUUACUUUCCUAAAGAUGAGGCUGCUGUCUACAAGAUCUGCAAGGAAAUAUACACAGAGAGUUUCGAGGACAUUCCUUUCCCUGACCAGAAACCAGACCUGAUUGGGGACAGGUUGGUGGGAGGCUUUCUGACCCUCAGUCCAGAUUAUGGAUUUGUCCUGGAGGAUGAGGAGGGGAUCUGUGGCUAUGCCUUAGGCACUGUGGAUGUCCAGCCAUUUGUCAAGAAGUGCAAGUUGAGCUGGAUUCCAUUCAUGCAGGAAAAGUAUAACAAGCCUGACUCUGAGAAGGAUUUGUCUGAGGCAGAGAAAAUGAUGCUCAGCUUUCAUGAGGAGGAGGAAGGUUUGCCAGAGUCGUUUCUUAGUAACUUCCCCUCACUCAUAAAGGUGGAUAUUCAGGCCAAGGUGACUGACCCCAGUGUAGCCAAAAGCAUGAUGGGCUGUCUCCUUUCAUCUUUAAAAGCCAACGGCUCUCAUGGUGCCUUUUGUGAGGUCCGACAAAUAGACAAACGAAUGUUUGACUUCUAUGGCAAACUUGGUUGCUUUGAAGUAGCCAAAAUGGAGGGCUUUCCAAAAGAUGUUAUCAUAAUGGGAAGGAGCUUGUGAGAGGAAGUCAUGUGGAAGAGUACUGCCCCGGAAAGAACUUGUACAAUGCUACAGUGGUCUGCAUGGAAGAUAUGGAGUGUCUUACUACCUGUUAAAAUGUGCACAUUGGUACCUGUGGUUGCACUCAUUACAGCCUGUUAUUAUAGUUUUUUUUUUUCUAUAAUGUGUGCUCUUCAGAAACAUCUCGAAGCAUUUGCAUAAUUUAAGCAACUGAUGAUUUCUGUCCUUUGCAAAUCAGAGGUGUGUGCUUGUAUUUUUUAUUUUUUUAUUAUUAUUUUUUUUUUUUUUAAUAGGACCGUUCUGCUGGUAUAGCGAAAACAGCUUGAGCUGGCCCGAUGCUGUUUAGCUCAUUACGUAUAUGGUUGGUUACUUUCAGGACACAUUGAGUGUAUUGCAGGUUUCAGUGAGUGUAUUUAGGUACAACACAAUUUGGUAGAUUAGUGCUGCCACUCCACCAUUGAGCUGAGUUAAUUUUCCAUGCCUUUUUAUUCUUACGUUCCAAGCUUCACUGACUAUUCAGCAGUACUCUAGAACCAAGUUUUCUUGCUCCAUUUUCCAGUCACAGAAUGUUAAUGCAGAGUUAUAAUUUUUACAGCAUCUUUGGAUAUUCUAAGAAAAAUAAUUCAAUGUGCUUUAAGUAAUUCUUUGGAACUGCUAGGAAUGCACAUAUAAGGAACUUAAAUGACCUUAGAGCUGCAUGUUCAUGACUUUUUUUUUGCUUAAGUGCUAGGCAUGUGUAUCUAGAUGAAACCAUUGUGGUUUAAUUUGUUGAUUUCAUCAGUAUUUAGCAGAAUUUUACCCCUUUAAAAAAUAUUUGUGAGGUAUGUGGUUGGAAGCUAUGACAUUUACACAGGGAGCCCAAAAUCUGGAUCCUUAUUCAUUUUUUUCCUUGCUUAAAUUUUUAUAUUUUUCUUUUUAUUUCAGAUUCAAAUUUACAGUGGAAGGUUGAAUACAAUUUAUUCUCAUGAUUUUUAUUUACACUUAAGUUAAUGCCUAAUUGUUUUACCGUUUUCUUGUUUGGCAAUAGAUCUACACCUUUGGACCACCCUGUAUAAUUAUAUUUUCAAUUAUAUGAAUGUCAAUAUUUCUAACUAAAAGUAUGUGACUAAGGAAGUCUAGAAGCAUUUAAUCAUUGUUUCUAGUUGCUUGCAAGUCACUUCCUAAGGUAUGAAAUCACAAUUUUAUCUGUAAAGGACACUGGGGCUUCAUUCAGACAGUGUUUGUUUUUUGUUUACUGUAAUGUUUUGUUUGUUAGUAGCAAAAAAUUUUUUUACCUAGUCCAUAUACAUGGUAAUCUCUUAAAAAUAAUAGGCUGCCUAAAUACAGAUUGAGUUAAGUAAUAUCUGACAUGACCUUUGAUUUGUGCUCAAUUAUACCCUGUCCCCAAAUGUCCUGAGUAGUGCUUUGCAUUUUGUUGCUUUACAGUAUUCAGUUUCAGGAGGUUGAGAUGACAUUCAAGUGGAAAGGGCUUCAUUUGAAGCCAUAAAUACAUCUAAGAAAACUCAGUACAAGUUGUAAUUAUGAAUAUGUAUGUAAUAUAGUUGUACUUUCUGUAAGGUUUGUAUGUAAUAAAAAUGGUUCGUAACAAUAAAGUAUGUAAAAAAAAAAAAAAAA